AUGCGACUAAAACCGGUCAAAAAACUUGUUAAUGAAGUUAAUAAAUUGUCACAUACUCUGCAUUAUAGAUUCAGGCAUAAAGUCAAACCAAAAGACAAAGACUUCUAUGCAUUUUUAUGCUAUUGUAUAAAGACACUUGAUGAAGAUACAACCUUCCAAGAAAUUUUCCUAUAA